AACCGGAACCUCCUCAUCCAAUGCCGGGUCUCUUGACGGAGCGCCGGUGUCCUGUGGUCCUGUCCUCCUCCCGCAUCCUCCAUCCUCCAUCCUCCAUCCUCCGCGGCUCCUGCAGAGGACAGCGGCGUGGCGGCAGGACGCAGGCCCGCAGGGAGAGGUCCUGGCCUGGGCACGGACCCCGAAGAGGCCCCGGGGCCGCCGCUGGAUGGAGUCAGGCUGCAUUCAGACAGCAAUGGCUAUGGGUCUGUCAUCGAAAAAGGCGUCUACCCGGAGCGUCGCGGUGGAGCGAAAGAACCUCAUCACGGUCUGCAGGUUCUCUGUGAAGACCCUCUUAGAAAAGUACACAGCAGAGCCCAUAGAUGACUCGUCUGAGGAGUUUAUUAACUUUGCUGCUAUUUUAGAGCACAUCCUCAGCCACCGCUUCAAAGGUAACACUGCAGGUUCGGGAGGCUGGUUCAGCUCAGAUGGACAGCGUAGCUUCUGGGAAUAUAUCCGGCUGGCGUGCAGCAAGGUGCAGAAUAACUGCAUCGCCAGCAUAGAGAACAUAGAGAACAUCAGCACAUCACGAGCCAAGGGCCGGGCCUGGAUUCGGGUGGCGCUGAUGGAGAAACGUCUGUCUGAAUACGUGUCCACCGCCCUGAGGGACACCAGAACAACCAGGAGGUUCUACGACGACGGGGCCAUUAUGCUACGGGAGGAAGCCACGGUGCUGACCGGGAUGUUGAUCGGACUGAGCGCCAUCGACUUCAGUUUUUGCUUGAAGGGUGAGAAUUUAGAUGGGAAAUCCCCUGCUGUGAUCGACUUCACACCUUACCUGAAGUUCACCCAGAGCUAUGACUACCUGAGUGAUGAGGAGGACCGGCGCAGCGUGGACAGCAGCAACAGCGAGGAGAGCGUCCCCGACCAUCCCUACAUCCCUCUGGUGACGGACGAGGAGAGCUGGAGCAACAAGUGUCGCAAGAUGGAGCAAAGGUUUAAGAUCGUCUACGCCCAGAAGGGUUAUCUGGAAGAGCUGGUGCGUUUACGUGAGUCCCAACUGAAGAACGUUGAGACGGAGAACAAGCGCCUGAGAGCGAAGGUGGAGGAGUUGACGGUGCAGGGCCAGACGGAGAAGAAAGAGCUGGAAGCCAUUGUGCUGGAGCUGCAGGCACAACUCUCUGCCCUCAUGCCCUGUGAUUCCUCUCAUUUGGCUAAAGAUCUUGCCAUCCCACUGGUCAACCAGUGGUCGACCGUCACAAACAACCAAGGAGAUGUCAAGUUAUUCCGCAGGAGGAGUUUCCACAGUCUGGAGCAGCUUUCUGCUGAAGUCAGUCUGAACUCUGACUCCCAGAAGACUGAUGGAAGACUGAAUGGAGAUGUUCCCUGGACCACGGCAGGAAAAGACAACACGCCGUCCAUGCUGGGUCUGUGCGGCUCGCUGGCCUCUUUACCGAGCUCCAAGUCCCUGGCAAGCCUCAAGUCUAGCGAGUGUUUGGUCAACAUCAGCACUGAACCCAGCCCUGCUCUCUCCCCCAGCUAGGAGGUCCAGGCCAACAAACCCCCCCCCCGUCUCUCUCCGUCUGCCUGGUGAUGCUGCGUUGACUAUUUCCGAGCACCUGCCCGUGACCCCGCUCCCUCCAUAUACCCAUCUCCAUGGAAGCACGUGAGGGUGAAGCCGCCAUGUUUCGCCUCAUCCAAUCAGCUCCUCGCUUUUACUCUGCGGCCACAAACUUUUUAUCAUUCGUGAUUCCGUUAAUCCAGAAAUCAUGCAGUGUCUCCAUGGAAACCUGCCGUCCAUAUACCUUCUUCAGUGUUCUCACGUUUUUCUUUAGAACAACAAUUUUCUUCCAAAGGCAUCAUGUGUGUUGGCC